GUGUGUGUGUCCGGGGUCUCUGCUGACGAUCUGCCGCUAAACCAGCCCAGGGUCCGGCUGUGCCUCAGCCUCCUCACCGCCUCGGAGGGCUUUUCCACCGGCCAGCGGAGGAAAACUAAGAUUUGAUGUCAGAUUUGGAGGAGAGACGUUAGUAAACGCAGCGGGUUGACGUUAACGGACACCGCGUUGGAUCCCGGUCAGAUCGCUGCCUGCAGGCUGAGCGGCUGAGGCGGGGAAAUGGCCCCGGCCCUGACCAAAACCCUGAAGGACGGCCAUGGCAUCCACCUGUCCUCGCCUCUGGCCUCCGUCAGCCUGGACUCGGACGGCGGGGCGAUGCUCAACGUGGAGCUGGAGCCUGAGGCCAAAAUGACGGAGGACGACUACUUCCAGAAGAUGUGGCUGAGCCUCUCCUUGCUCCCCUUUUUGGACUCCUGCCUCCCGGAAAUCCCGGGCCUUUCCCCGAUUGCCGCGCAGGACGCCCAGUGUAAGGCGCUGCUCCUCCCUGAUCCGGGCUCCCUCCUCAGCCUCCCAUCGCUCAGUAAGAGCCAGAGAGAGUCCCAUCAGGCGGCCUUGGGCCUCCCAGGUGUCCCAGACAUGUUUUUAGUCCCCGUCCCGGAGCACAGCGGCUCAGAGGCGGGUCUGCUGUGUGGGCCAGACGGCGGUGAUGUGCCUCAUCUAUCCCCUCCUCCUCUUACUAGUCUUUCUCCUUUUCCUCACGAGGACCCUCAGCCCGGGUGCCGUGCCACCCUCCUCACACCUCCACCCAAACUGACCCAGGGGGAAGCAGGGCGUCUUCAGACACAGGCCGGUCAGGGUGGCAGCGGAGACUCUGACCGGUCUGAACCAGCCGGAGCUGAGGUCCUGCUGGAGGAGGCCGGGGAGCGGCGGCUGUGCAGGCAGGCGGGGCUGCUGAGCCGGGCGGAGCGGCUGCAGAAGAGGCUGCGGGCUCUGCUGGGGCAGCACACCCUGCAGCACUGCAGCCAGCAGCUGGACGGCCUGAAGAGGCAGCUGCAAGCUGGAGGAGCAUCGUCCUGCAGCUCGGACCCCCAGCCUCCCCUUCCCUCUCUGGAAGAGCUGUCUGAGCUGUGGGAGUUCAGCUGCGGCGGGCGCGCGGCGCUGCGUGGCCUGCAGGAGGCGCUGGACUCUGAGGCCACGGCCAGCAGCAGCUCAGACGAGGAGCCCGAGGAGGAACACGUCCGUCGACGAGCCAGGACUUUCCCCAGCAGCAGCAGCAGCAGCAGCAGCGGUGGCGGUGGCGGUGGCGUUGGCAGCGAGCUGCGGUGGCUGCAGGAGCGGGCGGAGCUGGGCAGCAGGUGGAGCUGGCUGCUGCUGCGUGUGGCCGAGCUGGAGGGAAGGAUCCAGCAGCUGGGGAAGCUGCACCGGCACAUCCGAGCCUCCAAGGGUGGGGUGGUGCUGGCUCAGUGCCAGCCCCUGACAGACAGACAGAUCCAGCAGACCCUGCUGAGGGAGACGGCGGGCCUGUCCUUCUCUGUCGGGGCGUCAGACGGCGACGCAGAGCCCAGCAGCCCCAUGCGCCUCCUCCGCAACAUCGAGAGACAGAGUGCGCAGCUCAGCCAGAUCGUCAACAGCCUGAUGCCUCCGCUCAGCCUGUCGCCGCUCUCCAAGCAGCCCCAGGCCUGCACGGCCGUCAGCAAGAGAGCCUCCAGCAGCGGCCAGUCAGAGGACGGGCUCGGCAAGAGGAGAAGGCUGGGAGGCCGCAGGAGCCAGCAGCUCCUCCAGGCCGAUGCGUCGUGUGUGUGCGCCCGGACCCGACCUCUGCUCACCUACCACAAGCCCCGCCUCUUCUCCUUCCACAGCCACGGCUCCGGCGGCCAGCAGGACUUGGAGAGCUCGUCCUCCACCCUGUCCUCGUCCUUCUCGUCGUCCUGCUCCUCCUGCGACCCCCUGUGCUCUGACCCCGCCUGCAGCUCCGGCAGCCCCCUGACCUCCAGCACCCUCUGCUAUAGACCCCACCCUGUGUUGUCUCUGUCCUGUGACACUCCUCUGUCCUACCACCUGCAGAGCGCCCUGGCCAGAGAGGAGUGGGCCCAAAGGCCUUUGGUGGUGAACGCCCAGCCGUCCAGCUCAGGGCCCGGCAGCAGACCGACACACAGCUCCACACCCCUGCACAACAGUCACAGCUACAAGCAUCAUGCAAGGCAUCGCAGGGAGGGAGUCCGGGGUGUGUCGCCCAUUGAGUGGGCGGGCUCUGCUCAGAUGCCACACAGAAGAGCCAAUCAGAGGAAGAGGAAGAGACGACAUCGCCACAGCGCGGCUGAAGAUGAGGAGGAUGUGCUGUACCACCUGUGUGACCCUGAGGGAAGCUCGGAGGAGACGCUGGAGGAGACGCAGGCCUCACACACACGCAAGCCGGCUUCACAGGGUUUCGUUCGCAGACGGCAGGGGGAGAGCGUGUUCAGCAUCGACAACAUCGUCAUCCCCACGUCGCUGGCCGCUGCCGGCAAGGUGGAGAAGCUGCAGUACAAAGACAUCGUCACACCCAGCUGGAGGCCGGCCCACCCUCCGCCCCUGAUGAAGGGGGAGGAAGAGGAGGACAAGGUCGAGGUGGAGGAUCUCAGUGAUGAAGUCUUCACUCAGAGACAUUUGGCGUCAGAGCAGAGAGAGAAGCUGCGCUGGUCGUCCUGGGGGAAGAGGCAGCGCUGCAGACGCCCCACCAGGUCUGGCAGCAGGCCGUCCGGCGGGAGGGAGGGGUCGCUCGCUGCAGGGGAGGAGAGCUCAGUGGAGUCGAGCUGCUCUCCGCUGGACACCGAGGACCCGCUGAGCUCAGAGGAGUGGCAGCCUCCGGCGCCCUGGGAGCCGCGGCGGUUUCCUCUCGCCGAGGAAGAGGAGGACGAUCUCUGCUCUGAGGAGGAACAAGCCCCGGCCAAGUGGUCAGACACCAGCACCGCCUCCUCCUCCUCCUCCUCCUGCUCCUCCUCCUCCUCUACAAUAAACAACCCCAGCUCCGAUGUGUCCCUGGGCUCGUGCUGUGGUGCUGCAGCGCCCUCUGCUGGCCAGAGCAGGAGCAGCAGCGUCCUGAGCAGCAGCUGAGGCAGAGGUGUGAUGCUCCUGAACCUGCAGAUUCCUCAGCGUCUCCGGCGCAGGAGGGAAACGUCUCCGGCGGUUUGGCUUCAUUACUUCCUCUGCGAGUCAUGAGGACAGUUUGAAUUGGCGAGCGGCGCGUCACCAGGACAGUUUGAACCGAACGGCUCGCUCGUCUGUCCGCUGGCCACGUGACGCGUCCGCACCAAGCAAAUCCACCAGCACGACUCCGACGUAGCCUCAGGUGCACCGACUGUCUGUAGCCGUCACUCUUUCUUUCUUUCUCAUAGCCGUCUUCAUAUAGAAACACUGAAUGUUACAGCAUAUCUGUGUCGCUCAUACUUGAUCUACAUCUGCUUUUCAAGUUGAAUUUCUUGUUUGUUGAUGCUGUAAUUUUUAUAUAUACAUGAUUAUUUUUUAUGAAAGUAGAAAAACACAUUAUUGGAAGUGUUCCUGGCCUGGCCGCUGCUUGUUUGGACUGCCAGUCUGUUUUUUUUUUUUUGUUUUUUUUUUCUGUUUUUUAACUUUAUUAGACACGGCUGAACUAUCAGUAAUGCUUGAGAGGCCAGACGUCAACACAACACAGCACUCUUCUUCUUUAUAACUACAGAAUUUGUCACUGAAUAUUGAAAUAAAUAUUCAAAGAGU